AGUGCCGACUCAACGUGUUAUUUGUUUUUAGCUGGCUUGCUAGUUAGUUGCUUCAGUUUUGUCGAGGUCUUUCUCGACAAAAAAUCUCGUCCAAACAAUGGCUUCGUUUGACGCGUUACAGCAAACCUCAGUCCUUCGCUGUAAAAAGUGCCGAAGAUAUGUUGGAGACUCAUCAUUCCUUCUUUUAGCCUCAGCAGAGCUCAUGGCUAAAUGCACAGUGUGGCAUAUGGAUCUUGAUGCUUUACCUGAUUGGGUUCUGUCAGUUGUUAAUCAGGUUCACUGGACAACAGGGAAACUGAACUGCCAGCACUGUGGAGCACACCUUGGUGGUUUCAACUUCAUAAACUGUUCACGGUGUCCCUGUGGACAUGACACAACUGUGCACCUCGUUAAAAGCCGUGUCGAUCAGAUUGUAAAGCAUGUGGUCUACUUGAGCAGACCAAGCACAGCUAGAGUACGCACAGGGUUUCAAGUGAAACCCAGAGAUUUAGAAGGACCAGAGGACAGAUCCCUGGGCCAUGAUCCAAAUCAAGUCACUAAUGAACUACAUCCAGAGCCUGAACUCCUGAGCAGACAAAUCCAAGCACCUCAUUCUAACACAUCUACUGUCACUGACACGGUCACAGGACAAGCGGACAUCAGUGAUGGUGUUACAGAUGAACCACAGGACAAUACCUGUGCCACACCUGUAAGGAUGUUGUCCAAACGGGAGAGGAAUUGCUUAAAGAGCUUGAGGAGAAAGCAGAGAAAGAAGGAGCUCUGGCUUCAGAAACUGCUUGAGGAGAUGAGUGUGAGCUGGAAACAGACUAGCGGUGAUGAAGACGAGAAGGAGGGCUGUAUGUGUGCUGUGUGUCUGGACAUCUACUACAAGCCCUACAUGUGUCAGCCCUGCAGCCAUGUGUUCUGUGAGCCCUGUCUGAGGACACUGGCGAAAAGCCGGGAGAGCAGCACACCAUGUCCUCUCUGCAGAACUCUCGUAUCGCAUGUGAUCUUCCAGGAAGAGCUUCACCAGCGCAUCAGGAGCCACUUCCCCAAACAAUACAGCAUGAGAAAUGAGACUUUCAAGAAGACCAACUAUUCCAAAUUGCCUCUGCCCAGCUGUCCCAAGCGCUUUCACAUUUUAUGGGGACUGCAGGGACACAGAAACUCAGCUGGUCAGUGGCAGUUCCCACUCAGAGCACUGGGAAUGCACGUACUGGAACUGGGAGACAUUAGGCACUGGACCUUUCAGACUAAUAUUAUCACCUUCAGAUUCUAUUUACACUUGGUAUUUUUCAUUUUUAUCAUCAUGUGUGGCCUUUUCUACAUCCUCCUUUGGUAAUAUGACAAGAACUUUACCAUGCCAGAAAUGUACGAGGCAAAGCUGCAGUCAAGUUUUUAUACAGUUCAAAGUAUUUUUAAUUAUAUAUAGUGGUGAAAAAAAGGUGUUAUUUUUAUUAUUAUUAUUAUUUAUUUUUUUUUAUUAAUAGUGACUUUGUGGAGUUUAUAUUGCUAAGAAUCAAGAUAGAAUAGAAUGUAUUGGUGGUUUAAACUACUUCCUGAUCUUUAUUUUUUUUGUCUACACCAAUAAAAUUAGUGUAACAGCACCUGGAAAGAGUAAAAUCAGGAGUCAAAUUCCACAAAUGGUGAAUUAGCUAUGAAUUAAGUGGGUGGGAAAUAAAGACCUCUACCACUGUAUCCAGCACAUCACACAAGAAAAACUUCAAUGUUUAAUUAUCCCAGUCUGCCAUUGAACCAUUAGUCAGUCUCUUGCACACCAAUGUGUUCUGCCCAGUGUUGGGCUGAAAAAGCAGGAGGCAAAGUCUCAUAAGGAAACCUAAUGUAUUCAGGAUGCCUGUUGGUUUUAGACAGCAUUACAAUUGCAGAUUGAGACAUGCCAUGUAGGUCACUUAUCAGUCACUUAGUAAUGGCUCUAAAGUGUUUCUUUUAAAGUAUUAAAAGAUGCUGUCAUGGCUAGUGACUAGUUUCUUAAUUUAUGAUUUGUAAAAACUUUAUUUUUUAUAUUUAAUAUUUAUUUUAUUAAAGCCUUUAAUAUGAAAUAAAAUGUGUGUAUUUAAAAAUAAACAAGCAAUGUAAUUCAUAAAUACUUGUAA